AUGAUCACUGCUACAUUUCUUUCGAUACUUCUCGCGGAUGUAGCAGUUUCUAUGCCCUCAAUGAAUGUUCGUCAGACAGGGGCAUCCUGUGCGGGGCUAGGUUCAGAUGCGACCGAUACGACGUCGUACAACUUCACGCUAGCAGCAUACAAUACCACGAAUUCGGGUGGCGUAACCACACCUCUUGUCCUCGCUUGGGGCCCUCCCGGAGACAGUCCGGCUGCGAGUGAAUGGGUGUUCUCCACGUACGAGUCAUGGGGUUCUAAUCAGUGGCCGUACAAUACCCUCCAAAGUGGCGCCGUCUUUCCCCAGGCUGGCUCGGACGAAGAAGGUCUUGGAGCGUUCAGUGCUCCAGUCGCUGCUGGGGACGAACUCGUUUUUGUGGUGACCGAGUACGAGUCCUCUCCCGACGCCGCUCAAAUUUAUUGUGCAGUUCCCGAAGUAGCGACAAAUUCUGUGUUGUUGGCCGUCAAUGGUGACACGAACAGUUUUUCGUUGUGCACCGCUACUACAACAUGGAUCUCUGGAAGUCAAGUAACCCUUGUGUACGAAGCAAGUGAGGAUAGUGACGAGUACAUUUACGACACAUGCUACGCAGUCAAGGUGGCAAUAGAACCAGUAUAA